UGGUGCGCUGUGUCCCUCGGGCACAGCGGAUCACCGAUCAACGGAAAGAGCCAAAGAUGUCGGCUCGGUCACAGCUGAUCGCAUGUAAAUAGGGAGAUGCCGGUUAUUGGCAUUUCUCUUCUCACGAGCUCAGUGCUACCUGUCAGUGUCCAUCAAUGCCAGCUGUCAGUGCUCAUCAAUGCCACCUGCCAGUGCCCAUCAGUGCCUCAUCAAUGCCACAUAUCAGUGCCUAACAGUGCACAUCAAUGUCACAUAUAACUGCCCAUCUGAGCUGCCUUUCAGUGUCACCUAUCAAUUCCAGUCAGUGCCACCUAUCAGUGCUGCCAAUCAGUGCCAGUCAGUGCUGCCUAUCAGUGCACAUCAGUGCCGCCUAUCAGUGUUCAUCAGUGCUGCCUAUCAGUGCCAACUAACAGUGCCAGUCACUGCCGUCUAUCAGUGCCUGUCAGUGCAGCCUAUCAGUGCUCAUCAC